ACCAGUCCUGACAUGGCAGCGCGAUCCACCUAGCAAAGGGGCCGAGUUGCAAAUAUCUCUCUGCUGCUUUCGGAACUGGGCUAGAUUGAACGACGGCAAGGGGGUCUGUUGUAUGAACCAGGGUGCUGUGAAGGCGUCUGUGCAUGGUGCUGAAAGCUCUUGUGCUUUGAAGCCUUUGGUGCUGCAUGUGGGGCCAGUGGUCAUGGAGAGGGCAGGAUCCUUGCUUAUGUCUUUGCACAGAGCAGCCACCUCUAACGUAGACCUGGAUGUCAAGAAACCCACUCCUCCCAAGCUCCUAUGGCAUCAGCCUGUGAAUAUCUUCUUGGCCCGGCCUGUUGGGGUGGAGGAACUGCACCAUGAAGCUGAACUUAAUCUCCAGAGCUUGCUGCAAGAGGAGUAUGAGGAGCCCUACUCAGAAGCCGCCAGCGGCCAGACCUUCCGCUAUGCCAGUCCCCUCUCCGCCGACCGGCCCCGUGACUGUAGCCCCCGGCCCCCAGUACCCACCAAACGCCUGGAGUUUGUGUUCAUGCCUGCAGGCCAGCAAGUGAAGGAGAACGAGACGACGACACUAGGGGUGAGAGCCCCGGCGUCUUCGCUGAGCUUGCCCGCUACCCCAGACAAGCACACAGCCUGGACCCGAGCUGGUCCUCUGCCCUCCCUUGACGAGAAGAUGUUGCACCAGCCCUGCUCAACCCAAGCCAACAUUGUCCCUAUCAACGUCUCUGGGCAGCCGUUUGCUAGGCAUGCAAGUACUCGCCACUCCCUCUUUAACACAGAGACAGCCAUGAACCCCAAGUCCUUGCUGCGCCGGAGACGGACGGUUAUCGGCUUCCCUCACCUCGCCCUGCGAGACCCAGGCAAUACCAAUGGCCCCAUCCUCAGUCCUCCAGCGACCAUAGCAGAAUCCGUCUCUUGUCAUUUUGUCUCUGAAGUGGCCAACGGUAGGAGUUCCACUCGUCAGGUCCGGUCUCCGCAGGCUCGGCCACAACUGAGAAAGACCUUCAGUGACCUUGGGGGGGUUCUGCAGGGACGGUGUCGCCAGGUGCCAGCCAGCCGCACAGAGAACCCCGGGGCGAUGUAUGCCAGUCCAUCGUGCAAUGGCCCCAAAGAGGACUCGGUCUUCUCCCCUGCUUGGAGUGCAGCAUCUUUUGCCUACAUGAGCCCUUCUGCGAGCCAAAGCGAGCUGGCAGCGGACAGCAGGACCCAGCCAUCUCCCUGCGGCCAGAGGGUAACUCCAGACUCCGACCAGCCUGCUUCCUUCUUCAUUGGCAAAGACAACAUAGUUGGGAACAAUGGGUCUGGGGCAUUCUGUGCCUCUCCCGAAUCUCCUGUGAGUGCUGAAGGAGGCUUGAGAUGUGGAGGAAAAGAGGUCAAGGCCCAUUUGAUCCCUGCCAGCCCAAGUGAAGAGGAGUGCCCCCGAAUGGAGAGGGAGCGAAUCGCCUGCAAGUUCCGUGAGAGGUCACUCUCUGUCCCCACGGACACGGCCUCCCUGUGCUCCAUGGACAUCGGGGGCAGUGAGACCUGUGGCCUGAGCUAUCCCAGUGCCAGCUCGGAGGGUAGCACAAGCACAGACAAUGUCUCGCUGGCAGUGGAGCAGGAGGCCCAGGCACAGCAACGGCGGCAGCGCACCAAGAGCAUCUCUCUCAAGAAGGCCAAAAAGAAGCCCUCCCCACCGACCCGCAGUGUCUCUUUGAUCAAGGACAGCCAAGGGAGCAAAGCAGAGGGCAAUGACGGGGAGGUGCUGCCCCAGGGUCAGAGACCAAAAAGUCUGUGUUUGCUGCCUGAUGUGCAGGUCCACAGCCAAGUCCACAGGGACACAACCAGAGAACUGGAAGGUGUGCCAUACCCCCAGCAGUGGUACUUGCCAGAGUGGAGUCCUGGUGACCCCUACUGUUCCCUGUCUGGCUCCAGCACGGCCACUGGGACCACCGUGAUUGAGCUCUCCAAGGCAUGCGGUAGCUCCGAGUCCCUCCCCUCCCCUUCUGUCUCCCGGGCCACCACGCCAUCCCAGCUCUCUGCUGAGGUAAACUUGAAAACCUCCUCCCCAGGGCGGCCAGCAGGGGUGAUGUCCCCCUCCAGCGGCUAUUCCAGUCAGUCAGAAACACCAACUCCAACCAUCCCGACAUCUGUAGUCAUGGGGCACGCCCCACACCAGAGCGGGCGGAUGAGGCCCCUUGUCCCUGAAAGGAAGUCCUCGCUGCCUCCAGUCUCGCCCAUGGAGCGGAGCCCCAAGUCACGGCUGUCAUUCGACCUGCCGUUUGCUCCGCCGAUGCACCUGGACCUCUCGGGGCUGAAGAUCUCCCUCAAGGCCAAGCCCAAAGUAAGCCGACACCACUCUGACUCCACCUUUGGGGUCAAGUUGGGCCCAAAGCUGAGCCCAGUGCAGCCCGUCAUGCCCAUGGUGACGCAGCUGGACCUACGCUCUGUCCGCCUGCGCUCCAUCAGCCGCUCCGAGACCGAGGAUAACCUAGAGAGCCCUGAACCUCUUGAGGAGCCCGGCAAGAAGAUCCGGCCACCGGUGGCAGAGAAACCACCCCUUUCCAGGAGACCGCCGAUGCUCUUGCAUAAGACCCCGCCCGUCCAAGAGGAGUCCCCCGUGGGCUCUCCGACCUCUCCGUCGGCACCUCAGGGCUUGGUCCCUGUAGAGAACAUUUACUUGGUGACUCGGAGGCCUGAGCACCGGUGGGACACAGAUGCCUGGAGCCCUGUGGCACCGCCCUCUCCCGUGGCAGCAAUCUCUCCCGCACAGGGCCCCCCGGGGACGUUUUUCUCUGCUGCUCGGCGACUCUCCGUGGACAGCUUAGAGGAGGACGAGCAGCUGAAGCCAAAGCUGAUGGCAGAGAGAACCCCUGGGGGAGAGAGCCGCAGAACCAAAGUCCCACCCCCUGUCCCCAAGAAGCCUAGUGUGCUUUACCUGCCGCUGGUGACCUCCCCGAUCCACCCAGGGGCCUGUCAUGGGGAUCCAAGGUUGGCGGCCAGCCCUGUCAUUAUGCUGGACGAGGACUCUGCUUGUUCUGAGCUGACUCCCUGCAAGGUGCCAGCCCCUGUGGGCAAUGAGGGGAGCGUCAGUCCGACUGCUGCAGCAGCAUCUUGGGGAGACAUUUCAGGGAACUCAAUGGAGUUAAGGGCCGACGAGAAAAGCUUUGUAAGUGACAAAACGGCCGAGUCGAUAACUGAGGAGGACGACGAUGUGUUCGUGACAUCCCGAACCACAGAGGAUUUAUUUACUGUCAUUCACAGGUCCAAACGGAAGUUACUGGGUUGGAAGGAAUCCAGCGAUGCCUUUGGCAACCGGCAGAAUUCAAAGAACGCAGCAGGGUCCCCAAGCAACGAAUGCCCUCCAACGGGCAUUACAAGAACCUCCAGCAGGAACGAAGACUUUAAGGCUCUCCUUCAGAAGAAAGGUGGCAAGGGCGCUUCAGGCAUCCGCACAUCCGCGGCGGAACUUCUCAAGACCACCAACCCCUUGGCCCGGAGGGUCAUGACUGAGUUUGCUGUGGAUGGGACAAUCCAGGGCCCCAAAGCCCAGCCAUGAGUAUAUCUUGAGAAAGCUUUGUCUUUUCAUGCUACGCCCCAGUCCAUCUCCUGGGGACGCUGGCUUGGCGAAUGGUCAGGGUGAGGCCACUCCCCAUGGUUUCUUUUUUUUUCUUUCCUUUUCUAACAUCUUUGUUGAUUUUCUGGCAGUGGCCAAACAUCUUUUCCUGUUUUUUAUGGGGGGGGGUACUCCAUAAUCAAGAAAAGUGUCUUAAAUGUAGAGCACACCCAUCCCCACUGGAAUCAGUUGCACAUCUUUACUCUUAAGGGAGGAAACUUUAUUUCUGUUGCCAUGUUGGAAGACGGACCUGCAACGGGAAGGAUUUUGCUAGGCAGGGCUAUCACAGGCUGGUGUCAGACUUAGGCACCUUCUUUAAUUGCAUGAGGAGCAGAAUACCUUCUCUCUCUUUUGAUCAUCCUCUUCUUUUCCAUGUGUACACAUUUUGGGGGCUGGGGAAGUCCUCCUGUUCCGAUUUCUUCUCUGCAGUGAAGCUAGCUUGGAACUGUUCAGAGUUUCUUUGGCAUGGGUACUUUCAGUGCUUGUAGGAUUCAGUAUAUGGCUGUUGUGGCUUCUUUUUUCAAUUCCUUCCUCAUAAUCUGAAUUUAUCAUUUGCAGCUUUGAUUCCAAACCUUCUGGGGGGUGGAUAGAAGUGGCAAGCGGGUCUCUUAGGAAGAUGAGGACAGGUGCUGUUCAAGCGAAAGAAUGACGAUCAUUAUUCAAGACGGUGCCUGAUGCUCAUCUAAAGCUCCAUCUGCACUAUACAUUUAAAGCACUGUCAUACCACUUUAAGUCAUGGCAUUCCUCUAUAGCAUCCUGGGAAAUGCAGUUUGUUAAGGAUAAUGAGAGUUGUUACCAUAGGAGACCCCUAUUCCACUUGCAGAGCUACAAUUCCCAGAGUGGUUUCAUGAUCAAUCCCUCUUCCCAGGGAACUUUAGGCAUUGUAGCUCUGGAAUAUUUUUCUAGCCCUGCCAAAUCCUUGGUGCCAAAACUCUAUUAUCUGGCUAGAAGUCCUCACAAGUCUACCAAUCUGCUUCUCUUCCCAGUCUAAAAGGGAAUCAAAGUAAUGGUGGCUUCAACACCUUGGACAGCUCCUUGAAAGUUUGGACUAAAACCCAGAGUGAAUUCCACUGCCCCACUGACAUGGAGCUACCAGAUGCCACUGAAUCAAAGCAGAUGGCAUUGUUGCUGUUGCUGUGUCUUUAGGGCUUUGUCCUACAAACAAUGGCCUCUGUGCAAUUGGGUUUUUUUUUGCAGACACAAGACUUAGAAUGAUAGGCUGCUUGUUGGGUGCCAUCUUGAAUAGUGGGCCUAUGCUUAAACUGUACCUGUUCAGGAGUUACUGGUGGGAACAAUCUUAUUUAAAGGAAGAAUGCAAGGCAUUGGGUCUGAAUAAUGUCUGGAACAGCUAUCAUGGCAGGAUUCUUCACUUUCACAAAGUUUUCUUCCAGAUGUUCCUAAAAUUGCAGUGCUUUGAGUUAAUGGAAGCUGCAUCCCUAGAAAUGUUCUGAACAGGGUAUUUUAUCCUUGAGGCCCACAGGAGCUGAAGCCUUGUAUACCCUGCCCCAUUUCACAGGGCAAGGGGAACUCCCUUUCCGCCAUAACCACAUAUUUGGGGCACCCUGCUAACAUCUGUGCCUUCAAGCUGAAGCUUGCCAUCCCUGCCCCUCCCAAAUCCUAAAAACUACUUGCUGCCUAUGAAGUCUAAUGUAAUACACAUUGCAGAAUAAUCAAAAUAUAAUUCCUGAUCAGUUUAAUUUUUAGAAGCGGAAUGUUUUUUGCAAAUGCAGAAUGUUGAACAAUGCAAAGAUAACUGCUCUGUUUGGCAUCCUAGAGUUCUGCGAUGAAAAAGCCCAACAUGGUAGUAGACAAAAGACUUGUUUAUAACACACAGUGUCUCUAUUUUGUAGGAUUUGUAAAUUUGCAUCUUGGUGAAAGAGAUGACUCAAAGUGUAAUUAAUGUAAUGUAAUGAAAAGGAAUUAACAGUCUCUUGGGGCACCUUACACGCUGUCUGAUGAAUUGUGGCAUAAGUUGUCAUGUACUAGAGCCCACUUUUUCUGAUUCAUAAAAGUGUUUUCCUACAUUGGGAUACAUGUGAGUAAGGGGAGAAGAGGACACUGUAAACUAUGGGGGCCACAUGACCCCAGAAUUCAAGAGGGUAGAGACCAGGACAAUUCUAUGCAAAGAUUAAAUCAGUGGUGGGUAACUAGGGCCCAUUUAGAUGAUGUUGAACUCCAACUCCCAUCAGCCCUGGCAAGCAUAAGCAGUGUCUCAGGAUGAUGGGAGCUGUAGUCCUACAACAUCUGGAAGGCUGCAGGUUCCCCAUCCCUGGCUUACAUGUAUGCAACAUAACCAAAACAGAUCCCUCGCAACAGCAGUAAUUUGAAAUGACCAAACUCUUCUUAGCUUUACUAUGCUAAUACGUAUGGAGCAGCCAACCAGGGAUAAUGCUUCAGGCAUCUGAUGAAUUGUAGUCCACAAAAGCUUAUGCCACAAUAAAUCUGUUAGUCUUUAAGGUGCCACCAGACCCUCUGUUGGUUUUGUUACUAAGGUUAAUCUGGCUAUCUCUCCGAAAGUGGUUAGCUAUAUAGAGCAGGGAUGAGGAAACUGUGGCCCUUCAGAUGUCAUCGGACUGCAGCUCCCAUCACACCUGAGCAUUGGCCAUACUGGCUAGGGCUGGUGGGAGGGCUGGUGGGAGCCCCUUAACAUCUGGAGUGCCCAAUGGCUUCCCCGAUACAGAGAAAAGCCAGUUACAAACAUUUCAUCACACUAUAUAGCAUGACCAAGAAACAGAAACCACAAAGGGAGUAUGCAUUAAUUCGCAGUGCCUGAAGAUGCCAGGGGCACAGAGCAUCUUUCACCCACCACAAUGGUGUCCCCAAGUGCACCUCUUUAACUUUUUCCCAUUGGAGUGAAUUGUCACCAUUCAAAGAGGUAACUGAUGUGCUUGCCUUGUGCCAAAGCCUGCCCUCCACACACACACACAUAGUAGGGCUUAUCACAGUAUAACAGCCCUUCCCUCCACAUAUUUCCUACCCAUAAUGAAGGGCACUUUGCUGCUUAAGAUUUGGAACUUACACCUUUUGCUGGUGGCAGCUUCUUGAAUUCCCCUCCCCUGCCCCAUUUUUACAGCUGAUCAAUACUUUUUGGAGGGUGGGAGGGGAGAUAUUUACACUCUCUGGACUCUCAUCUACUCACACAGCUCCAUGGCCUUGCAGUGAGUGUCCCAAGUCGCCUCCCACUGCCCUGUGAUUUCUCUCUCUAUGCAGGGAACUGUGUUCCCUGUUUUUCACGAGCUGCCUCUGGUUUUUCCAGUUUCACAACUGGGGUGCGGGAUCCUACUGACAGGGCAAGGGGCAAGCAAAACUAGAAAGGCAGAUAGGUUUGGGGUGCAAAGACAAUCAUUAGAAAUGUCCAGAGAGCUAUUGCUUCUACUGACUGAUACAACCCUGCCCACUUUCUGCACUUCCCUCUAAUGGGCAAUGUCAGUCGCAUCUACUCACCUACUCUACUCACACCGUGGCCCAUCUCCUCCCAAGUUUUAGGCUCCUCAUUUUCACGGGUGUGCUUGCAAAAAGGUGCAUAUCGGGCAAAAUUGCAUCUGUUAGAUAAAUACUGCACUAAAAUGCUGACAAAAUUUCAUGAGGACUUUUUAUAUUAUUAUUAUUGCAAACUGAUUCAGAAGUGUAUAGAAGUGAAGUCUGGAAAAAUGAGAAACUGAGAGAAACCAAAAUUUACAGAUUUCCCCAUCCCUUGUUGCAACAGUUAUAAUGUAGAUAUGUGCUUUGCAAGCUCUGAGAGUCUUCUGUCUGUAAAGUAUACAGAUCUGCUUUAAACAUCUGUAGACCUGAGGUGUUGCCAGGCAGGAUUAGGUCUGUCACGGUUUCCCCCAGAAAUAUUGGGCAUCGUAAUUUGCUAAGAAUCCCUAUGCUUUCCCCUCACAUCAUUAUAAUCCCCAGGGUUUCCUGGUGAGAGGGAGUGGCUGUUUAAACCACUUUAAGAUUAUAGUAUGGACAUGUCUUCAGUAUACAACUGGCAAGCUUUUAAAGGACACAUUUUCCAUUUUACUUCUUUUUUUAAAUGUCCACAUAUCUCACUAGCCACAGAAACACAAGUUUUCUCCAAAUAUAAACAGCCCUUUUGUGGAAGCCUGGUCUGGUUUGGAUAUAAUUCCAAACCAUAGUUUAAUGAGAUGAACCACAGCAAGCCUUGGGCUCAUGUGCUCCCUUUGCCUUCUCUGGCAUAGCCAUGAGGGGGAGUUUAGAAGUUUUGCUGUGUUGUCCAAACCCAGAUAAACUGUGGUUAAUUAAACCUGUGGUUAGUUGAAGCAAGCCAACUUCCAACCGUAGUUUACAAAGCCGGCUUGUGCAACUUACAGUUAAAAUUAACCACAGUUUAGGUUAAGAACAACAUGCUAAACGGUGGUUGAUUUAAAGUGAAAGCUUCUGAUCUCGCAAUGGCGUCAGAGGGGAAGAGUGGAGCAUGGGAGUCUGACACUAGGCUCAUUCUUGGAACACUAAACCAUGGUUUGGUGCAGAGGUGGGGAACCUCUCUGUCUUGCCUUCUGUGUCCUUUAACUAUUAUAAUACUACUUGCUUGCCUGAAAAGAAGAUGGAGAGGUGGGUGGGUGUCACAACGUCUACGUUUUGUGUGGCUAGAAUGUAGCAUGCUGUACAAAGAUAAAUAUCACAUUUAUUGAAAUGCCCAUUUUUGCCUCUGGCUCACCCAUUUUUGCUUCUGACCUGCCCACCACUGGCAUGCAGGUCCUGGAAGGUUUCCCAAGAAGGACUGCUGCCCAGGGCCAAGAAGGCUUCCUUACCCCUGGCUUAGUGCUACAUUUGAAUUCAGCUUUAUUAUGUGUUCCAAAACAUGGCUCACAUGCAGUAUCUGCCUGGCUGGCUGGGACCGGGGGAGAAUCUCCUUGUUUGUCUCAUCAGCAGCCUGAUUUUCUGAUGGCCAAAAAGUGCUCCUAAUGGAACAGGGUAGUAACUAUAGCAGCUAGCUAAUACAAGCCAACAGUAACUUGCCACUUAUGAAAAAAGUGAAACAGGGUCUUUUUGUAAAAAAACAAAAACAGGGUUUAGAUUUUUUAUGUAUUCUAGAGUACAGUUGUAUGAAAUUUAACAUUUCCAACUCAGCAUCACCAAUCUAACAUUGGACUGCAGCAGGACUUAAUUUUCUCUCUCUGACUUUAUCUGAGGCUGUAUGUAUGUGUAUCUUUUGUGUGCGUGUGUAAUACAUAGGGAUGGAGGACAAAUCCAAUUAAGGUCUCAUUUAAAGAUGAACCUACAUCAUUCACCUUUCCAAAACAAUACAUGGACCAAAACACCACCUUCCUUUGAAAUUCACACGUCUCUGCAUUUUGCAAUAUAAUUCACUUGCCAUUUAAUGCGUGCAAAAUGGAUAUGCUAGGGUAAAGUGUGCAUGGAAAUGCAUGUAAGUGAAAAUAACGUGCAAAAUGCAUUAUAUUAGGAAAAUUGCUUAGCAAAAAAUGUAUGUUAGGCAAAAUUUCAUGCAAAAAUGGUAAGAGAAAACUACAAUGCUGAUGAAUUUUCAUGCGAACAUUUGUGGGGUUUCUAAAAACAUAAAUGGACAUAUUCCCCCAUCCCUAGCAUUAACACUGGUUAAAACAUGCUUAGUGCUAGCAUCAGCUGUGCCUCGAAAGAGCUUUGUCUCCUUUUGCAGAACUCUUGGUCUUGCAAAUCAUGCUAAAGAAGGGAUUGGGAGGAAGGAAUACGUGUUCUUCCUUGCUUUGCUGUGACACUGUUCUAGCCAUCUUGGAGUCCUGCUGCUUAUCAUUCAACAAAUGCACUAGUGUGUGUGUGUCCUUGGGAGCAAGGAUGAAAUUAUCUCAUGGUAAUAUAAGUGGCUAUAUAUUGGUUAAAGAAGCGUAGUAAGCAUGAUUCUGGCUGGAAAGUGUUUGUAUUCUUAAAUCAUUAUGAAACUGAGGGGAGAACCCUCUCCCUAAAUAUUGGAUGGAAACUCAGGAACCCCCUCAAGUGCUAGUCUCCUAAUGAGAAAUUGUACUCAAUUCAAUUGGGGCUGAGUAAUAAUUGCACUGAAAGCAGAUUCAAAAAAUGUGCAGAAGUACAUAAUGAAGUCUUGGACGAUGCCAUGUGCACUUGCAAGCAAAGGAUUGCAUGCACACUCAAACGAAACUCCUAAAAAAACAGGGUUUUAAGCUUGGCCUUCUCCCUUAUGUGCUAGCUUUCUACAUACAGGAAAAUUGGGUUUAAAACAGCCUAUUCCACAACCAACAGUCCAGGAAGAACUGUGCCAUAUGCCUUUUUUGGGGAGAUGCAUUUAAAUUGUCCCAUAGGCCAGGUGUAGUGACCCUUGGCCCUCCAGAUAUGCUGAACCUGAAUUCCCAUCAUCCAUGGCCAUAGGCCAUGUUUGCUGGGGCUGAUGGGACUUGUAGCUCAGCAACUUCUGGAGGGCCAAAGGUUCCCCACACCUGCCUUAGGCUAUGAUUUGACUUGGAAAUAAGUUUGCUUCCAAGGAAAAGUGCUGCAGUCAUACAGAAAGAAAGGGUUUCCUUUUAUUGGUUCAACUUGCAUCAAAGACAUUUGCUUUCUCGUCUUGUUGGAGAGGUGGAAGAAGGGCAUGAUAGCCCAAAGUGUGUACACUUUUGUGGCCACUCCAGUCUUGUUGGUGAAGCAUGCAUUGAAAAAUCACCAUAGGUUCUUAGUUGUUCUUGAGAUCUAAAGAGUAACUGAUGCUUCAUUUUCAGAGGAAGGAAAUGAUAGGCCUCUUAGCAAUGUUCCUUCUCUCUCUCUCUCUCUCUCUCUCACGCACUCACUCACUCACUCACUCUCACUCACUCCUUUUUUGCAAGAACCUGAAAAAUAUACUGGCUUUGUCCUGCCCUCUAGGCGAGAAAGUAACUUAGGGCCCUUUUCCUUCAAACUGGUCAGGAAGAUAAGCUCACUAUGGCUCCCUCCUAGCGUUUGCUCUUUCAGCCCAUAUUAAUUAUCUCAAGACUGGGCUUUCAUCUCUUUGUUGAGGCACCUGUGCUCAAGAACUCCAUACCUACCCUGCUGGAGACGUGCCAGGCUGCUGCAAAGCUGAUCAGAGAGGGGACAAUGAGUCAAAUGCAUUUUCUGAAAAUAAAUGUGAUCCAAAAAUGUGGCCUAGGAAGUUGUUUUGCAUCUUCUCUCCAAAACAACUCUUGGAUUUUGCACAACUUGCCUUUUCGUCCUUUAUGCUAUGAACGGGAAUGUGCAUUAAGAACAUAAGAAGAGCCUGCUGGGUCAGGUCAGUGGCCCAUCUAGUCCAGCUCUCCUGGCCAACCAGAUGCCCAUGGGAAGCCCACAAGCAGGACCUGAGUGCAUGAGCACUCUACCGUCUUGCAGCUACUGGCAACUGAUUUUCCGAAGCAUCUGACUAUUGUGGCAGAGUGCAGCCAUCAUUGAUUUUUGAUUGAUUGAUUUC